AUGGCAAGAGCGACCCCAAGCGGCCUGGCCCACCAGCAGCAGAUACUGAAUACUACAGACAUUGUGGUGGUGCUUAAAGACAUGACAGAAGUGAAUGCCGAUGUCUACUGCAAUAGCUGCACGUCCAACCUGGAAGGAGGUGAACUGGCCAGUACCCUAGCUAGAGUCGGAGGAAGAGGCUAUGAAGAAUCGAGAAAACGCGUUGGUCGGACAGGGAGCAACGGCCUGGCGGUCAGUGACCCCGGUGACCUGAACUGCAAACACGUGAUCCACCUGGAUAUUUUUUCAAAUGGCACGUGGAAGGACAGAACGAUAAGAGUGUUGCAAGAAGCGAAUCGCCUUGAAGCCCAAUCUAUUGCAAUGCCCGCAUUUGGCACAGGAGCGGCCAGGCAGGACCCCCAGGAGGUAGGCAAGGGGAUGUUGGAGGCAAUAGCAGAGUUCGUCUUACAGGGCGGGUGUACAACUCUUAAUCGGAUUACCAUAGUGCUAGUACAAGAGAGGCUUCUGGACAGCUUCAACAUGGCGGAAUGUGUCCUUCUCCAGCCUCAGGACCCAGAGUAUCUGGAAAUUUCCCAGAGCCGAGAGUUCCGAGGAAGACUAAUUGAAAGAGUAAGAGAGUCAGAACUGUUAUUUCAUAUGCCGCGAAAUAUAGUGCAGAUUCUAUAUAAAUUAAUGUAAAGUUUUUCACGUAAACAAGUGACAGGUGUUUGAAAACUUAAAUGUAGUACAUGUACCAAAAUUUAAGAUAAAUUUACUAUUGUGAAAUAUCGUGUGAGAAAUGUUAAAAUGUAUAAGUUAAAAUUUACAAAACUGUGAUAUAAAAAAGCG